AGCAAUCAAUGCCUCAGACAGACAAGCAAAUAUGCAUCCCACCCGAGCUGCCCGAGCUGCUGAAGCAGUUUACCAAAGCUGCCAUCCGGACCCAGCCUCAGGAUCUCAUCCAGUGGGCGGCCGAGUAUUUUGGGGCCAUGUCCCGUGGAGAGAUUCCUCCUGUGAGAGAGAGAUCUGAGCGAGUCGCUUUGUCCAACUGGGCAGAGCUAACACCUGAGCUCUUAAAGGUCUUGCACUCUCGGGUUGCUGGCAGACUGAUCAUCCAUGCAGAUGAGCUGUCCCAGAUGUGGAAGGUGCUGAAUCUCCCAACAGAUUUAUUCAACAGUGUGAUGAACGUGGGUCGCUUCACGGAGGAGAUUGAGUGGCUGAAGUUUUUGGCUCUUGCUUGUAGCUCUCUUGGAGUUACCAUUGCGAAAACUCUCAAGAUAGUGUGUGAAGUUUUGUCCUGUGACCAUGAUGGAGGACCUCCUCGGAUCCCUUUCAGCACCUUCCAGUUUCUCUACACAUACAUUGCAGAAGUAGAUGGGGAAAUCUCUGCAUCCCAUGUCAGCAGAAUGCUAAACUACAUCGAACAUGAAGUAAUUGGUCCUGACGGUUUGAUCAAGGUGAAUGACUUUACCCAAAACCCCAGGGUUCGGCUGGAAUAAAAGCAGUUUGGGCAAUUUUACAGGAAGAUACAGAGAUGAUGUACUUCAGAAUGGCUGAAGCCACACACCAUCCAGUCAAUUUUCUUGUACAACUGUACACACUAAUAAACAAUUAGGCA